AUUGCGGCCUCGACAUUUUUUUCCUGUGCCAGGAGUCACUUGUUGAACAGCAAACGCGCCCCUCUCGCAGUCGUAUCACGCCCUAUACGCCACCAUGGCUCCUUCUACCCUCACUCAGAAUAUCAAGAUCCAGAACACGCAGAACAAUGGCGAACCUCUCCGUCGAGAAGUGUCCCGCAGUCUGUCCAUGUCGACCUCACCACAUGAGACGUUUCACCAGCGCAAGAUGUCCAUAGGCAUGGAGGGAACCUCUCCUGGUUUAAUACGCACCAAGACCACCGGAGCGGCUCCGAAACAACUCAAGCCCUUCCGAGAACAGGAUAUAAAGAUUCUGUUACUCGAGAAUGUGAACCAGACUGGCCGGGAUAUUCUGCAUGGCCAGGGUUACCAAGUCGAGUUCAUGAAGAGUAGUCUGCCCGAGGAUCAGCUGAUUGAGAAGAUAAAGGAUGUCCAUGUAAUUGGCAUUCGCUCCAAGACGAAGCUGACUUCCCGUGUCCUUGCGGCCGCCCGCAACCUCAUCGUGAUCGGAUGCUUCUGUAUCGGCACGAACCAGGUCGACCUGAAGUACGCCGCCGAGCACGGAAUAUGCGUCUUCAACUCCCCCUUCAGCAACUCGCGCAGUGUCGCCGAACUGGUCAUCGGCGAGAUCAUCGUACUGGCCCGCCAAGUCGGCGACCGCAGCAACGAGAUGCACCAGGGGGUGUGGAAAAAGGUCAGCAACAAGUGUUGGGAGAUCCGUGGCAAGACCCUCGGCAUCAUUGGUUAUGGACACAUUGGCUCCCAGCUCUCGGUCCUCGCCGAGUCGAUGGGCAUGGACGUGAUAUACUACGACGUCGUGAACCUGAUGGCCAUGGGUACGGCGAGGCAGGUCCCGUCUCUCGACCACCUCCUCGCCAACGCGGACUUUGUGACGUGCCACGUCCCCGAGCUCCCCGAGACGAUGAACAUGAUCGGCAAGCACCAGUUCGACACCAUGAAGUCGGGAAGCUACCUGAUCAACGCGUCGAGGGGGAGCGUCGUCGACAUCCCGGCCCUGGUCGCCGCCAUGAGGUCAGGCAAAGUCGCGGGCGCGGCGCUCGACGUGUAUCCGGCCGAGCCGGCAGGGAACGGCGACUACUUCACCAACGACCUGAACUCGUGGGCCGAGGACCUGAGGUCGCUGCAGAACCUGAUCCUGACGCCGCACAUCGGCGGCUCGACCGAAGAAGCCCAGAGCGCCAUUGGCGUCGAGGUCGCUGAGGCCCUGGUCCGCUACGUCAACGAGGGCGUCACGGUCGGCGCCGUCAACAUGCCCGAGGUGGCGCUCCGGAGCCUGACCAUGGACGAGCCGAACCACGCGCGCGUCAUCUUCAUCCACCAGAACGUGCCGGGCGUGCUGAGGCGGGUCAACGAGAUCCUGGGCGACCACAACGUCGACAAGCAAAUGUCGGACUCGAGAGGGGACGUCGCCUACCUGAUGGCCGACAUCAGCAGCGUCAAGGAGGAGCAGGUCGCGGCCCUGUACAGGGAGCUGGAAGGCCUCAAGGAGAGAAUAAUCACGAGGAUAUUGUACUAGAACUUCAACCUCAACCUCAAACCGAAAAGCGAUCUCAUGAGGAGCGAUUCAACAGCUGGAUCUGAGACACGGUAAUAACGGUGUCUGAGGGGCAGGCACAGAAGAGCAUUUCGCGGAGUUGGUGGGCGUCUGCGUACAGUGAGUACAAAGCGCGGCAUAACGGAAGGCAUACAGUAAAGGAAAAAGGCAUAUAUAAAAAGAGGAAGACCACGUCAAUGGAUCAUAAUAAUAUACUAUUAUCGGGCCUAAGCAAAUCGCUGAAGAGAGGCUAGACUCUACUCCGUAAAUCUCUGGAACUGAUGAAGCUGACCUUCUGUAUC